ACCUCACUGCAAACACGCAAGCAGAGAUCUCAGUCACUUACUCUCUCUCAUCUGUUCUCUGCACUCAGCGUCCAGCUUUCUCCAAUCCAAUCGUCAAAUCUUUCCUUUGGAUUGGAUGGAGCGGGACGGCCAUCGGUAUCUUCUUCCUCAUCUCAUUGAUUUCGGUGUUUGCAAAUUUAAUUUCGACGCCCUUCUUCCUCCAGCUUUUUGGCGCUCUUACGCUCCCUCCCGCAUUUACUCUUGCACACUCCACCUCGCCUUUUCAUUCGACCAAUUCUCUGUUCUGGGUUUUCAUCGAACGGUCGCUCUCUCUCGCUCUCUGCACCUUUUGGGUCCAUCUGAUCUCCGACUCCAAACAUUCGGAUGGCUUCUUCCCUCCACUCCCCUUUCCUAACUAAGCAAUCUCUGGGUUUCUCUACAACAUAAGCAAUCCUUCUUCCUCACUCCAACUACUGGGAGUUUUUGCGGCGUUUAAUCUUUGCCCACACUUACUGCGAACUGGGUCAACAAUGGCGAUGAUAAGCAAACCUCUAGUCUUCACUUAUAUCUACCUUCUCAUCUACAUCCUCCUCUCAUCCGGAGUCAUUCUCUACAACAAGUGGGUUCUCUCGCCCAAGUAUUUCAACUUCCCCUUCCCCAUCACCCUCACUAUGAUUCACAUGGCAUUCUCCGGCAUGGUUUCCUUCUUCCUCGUCCGCGUUUUCAAGGUUGUGUCUCCUGUCAAAAUGACCUUCGAAAUUUAUGUCACUUGUGUCAUACCCAUAAGUGCCUUCUUCGCUGCGAGUCUUUGGUUUGGCAACACUGCUUAUUUAUAUAUUUCAGUUGCCUUCAUCCAGAUGCUUAAGGCUUUGAUGCCUGUGGCAACUUUUAUAAUGGCUAUUAUGUGUGGCACUGACAAAGCAAGGUGUGACGUGUUCUUAAACAUGUUGGUGGUCAGUGUUGGAGUUGUUGUUUCCUCGUAUGGGGAAAUCCAUUUUAAUGUAGGUGGCACAGUUUACCAGGUGACUGGCAUCUUUGCAGAAGCUCUUAGGCUGGUAUUAACUCAAGUUCUUCUACAGAAGAAGGGCUUGACCCUGAAUCCUAUCACUAGCUUAUACUACAUAGCUCCAUGCAGCUUUGUGUUUCUGUUUGUUCCUUGGUAUUUACUGGAGAAACCUGGGAUGGAAGUCUCACAGAUUCAGUUCAAUUUUUGGAUUUUCUUUUCCAAUGCACUCUGUGCAUUAGCCUUGAACUUCUCCAUAUUCUUAGUGAUUGGAAGAACUGGAGCAAUCACCGUCAGGGUUGCUGGUGUACUGAAAGACUGGAUACUGAUUGCCCUUUCAACCGUCAUAUUUCCUGAGUCUACUAUAACUGUCCUGAAUAUAACUGGUUAUGCAAUUGCUCUUUGUGGUGUCGUGAUGUACAACUACUUAAAGGUUAGGGAUGUCCGUGCAUCUCAGCUCCCUGAAACUGCUCCUGAAAGAAUGUCAAAGGACUGGAAGCUGGAGAAAUCUUCUGAUAUAUAUGUGCCUAAUAGCGGAGGUAAUGGCAGUGGAGAAGCAAACACAUUAUCCUUCUCCGAUGGGAAGGAUGAGGAAGCACAAUCUCUAAUUACAUCCUCAAGAUCGUCUCACAUUGGACGCUCAUUCGCAGACUAGUAUUCAUACUGGAUGAACCGACUCCCUUUUACUCCAUCGUCCGAACAUUGUUGCGGUCAGUAGUACUAUUGCUUGGCCUGGCAGUUUUAGGGAGCAUUUUUCAGCACAGAUAGGGGUUGUAGCAGCAGUGUGGUUAUUCUUCUUUAGAUACGUGCGUACUCCUGUUAUCGAUUGCAAAUCUAUUGAAAGUUUUUAGCUACUACACUUCUUCUACCCAUCCCACACGUUUGUAUACCAUUACCAACAAUGUCAAUCAGUUUAAAAAAUGAAACCAGAACUUCGUC